AAUCGGCUCGCAGGUGUGAGUUAGUGUGCAGCACCGUCCGCCAUUUUUGUUUGUCGCCAACAACACUACGGUUGUUGUAGUAGUAGUAGUAGUCGUCAUUACUACUUUGUUAUUUUUUAAAUUAUUGUUAGCCCGCGUUUCUUAUUUUUAAUAUAGUGCAUUAGGGGCAAAGGCUUGAUUGAGCAAGGUGUUUGAGAGCCACGAACAGAGACUGUAACACGAACAUUGAGGUUGAAGAAGCUGAAGACGGUGUUGAUCUGGAAAUUUUUGCCUCAGCAUUUUGAUGGUGUGGACGUGUGGCACCGAACGGAGAUAAGCGUCUCGACAGGUUUCGAAUAUGGACAGUAUGUUAGAAAAUCUUGCCAAAACUGAGUUCAUCAGUAUCUGCGUCCAAAACCCAAAGCGCCAGAAAAAGGACGGCUGGCACGCCCAUGUGGACUAUGAAAUCAUUUUAAACACGAAUAGCAUGUGUUUUCGCAAGAAGACUUCACGUGUGCGGCGGCGUUACAGCGAGUUUGUGUGGCUGCGACAUUGUCUGGAACAAAACGCCAUCAUCAUAGAAGUGCCCAAGUUGCCCCCUUGGAAUCCUUUCUUCAACCUGAGGAACCCACAGCAAGUCAGCCAGAGGAUGACGGGCCUGCAGGAGUUUUUAGAAAUUGCUCUUCACACACCGUUGUUGCUGUCCGACAGUCGGCUCCAUCUGUUCCUCCAGUCCGACCUCAGCGUCGCCAAGAUGGAAAGGUGUGCUAUUGGCAAGAGCAGGUACACGGUGGCCGAGGCCAUUCAGCGCUGCGGCGGCGACUGCGUCAGUCGAUUGGAGGACAAGGCCUCAUUUGACUCUGACUAUGAGAGCAGCUCCUUUUCGUCAUCGGGCUUGGGCUUAAGUGUGGACAGCACCAGUCUCAGAAGUCCCCUUCCCUUCCUCGGGUCACCCGGCUCCUGCACUUGUCAUUCAGUCGCCCAUAAAGCAGCUCAGUGACGCCUGAGGCGCUGCAUUUAUUCCCUUAUUAACCUCCAGAACAUUUUCCUUAUUGUAUGCUCUUUUAAAAAAUUAUGUCUGUAUAUUGUUUUUUCCUUUCUUUGAGUAAUACCUGUUAUUUCAUCGAAUGUGUACUUGGAAAAGAACAAUUCAUGUUUUUUUAAAGAAAUGUACAGUAAACCUAUGUUUAUAAUCUUAACUGUUUAUAUUUUUAUCUGCACUGAAGCUGAGGUUAGUUCGGUAUGUUUUCAAUUGUAUUUUUUUUUUAAAGAAACAUUUAUCAGGAGAACACUUUUAUGAUCUGUUAAAGGAUGAAUAAACUCUUUUUUUGAAGAAAA